AUGCGCGUUCGUCUGCGCUCGCCAACACCAGACUGGAUGCGUGCUGGAGAGGAUGUGCCGGGGCCGGUGCUUGGCUCAGGCAGCGAAGAGUGCGAGCAAGUGGCUGUGCCGAACAAGAGCACAGAACGCUCGCGUCGCCAUCGUGCACUGAAAGGAGGUGGACGCAAAGAGGGAAAACAGAAGUUCCUUCGCCGAAAGCGCGAUAUACUCGGUCAAUGCAGUGAUACGCGCUCCUCCUUCGCACUGAGAAGUGCCAAACGCGAGGCUUCUCUCACUGCCGUGCAAACACUCCGCGAAAAAGCGGAGGUCGACGGCUUCCUCACGUACCUCGGCUACUUCGAUCCGCACCCUGGGCGACCUCCUAUAGCAAACGAUACCCGCCACUCGUUCGUACGCCGCUACAUAUUGGAGCAGCUUGCGCGGGUCAUGGCUGCUGAGGAAGGUGCCGUAUGUGGCGAAAAAGGUACCCGCGCGAGCCCUGCACACUUCGCACGCCGACUCGUAGCAGGUUGGGGGCAGAUUUUGGACUUGUGGGAGGCUGGCGAGGAGGAUGCGCUGGGGCGUGCUCACGAGGAAGGCGCGCUCAUUCUCCGUGGUGCGCAAUUCAAUACGCUAGCAACUGGCUUAUCAAAGGUCGGGUGGCCUGUGGCGCGCAUGUCCGCGGUCUUUGUAGAUAAUGUCACCGUGCUUCUCGGCGCAGCUAUCUUCAUACCCUCGCGCCUCUCCCAUGCCGCUUCUUUCAGGCUGACCGAGUAUCAGGAGCCAGCAGGAAGAACGCGGUCUGGCCGAGAGCUCUUGGAAUACCAGCCAGAGGCUAUCGAGGCGCCAAUCAACUACCCUCGGCUUUUCAAGUUUACCGUCGAGGUUCAGCUUAACGAGGACGAAGCCGUCACAGAAGGAGCCGACCACUGCCUUUCUCACCGCGAGUCCCCUCUUUCGUCUGGGCCUCUACAUAGUUUCCCCCCGCCGCGGCGCGGUGCCGUCUUCAUCGUCCCGUUGUACGAUAUCAUUGGCGAGAUAGCCGCCGCCGAAGUCGCGUCUGACCUCGACACCGGUCUUAAGCGCAGGGCAGGGGGGUCUGGCAAUGCUGGCGAUGUCGCGGACGGUGCGCCCUCGCUGAGUCGCUGA